AUGCAAGCUCGUGAUCAGAAUAUUGGAUAUUGGUAUAUUGAAGGCGGUAUUUUGACUUCGUUAUUUGCGUUUCCGCGUAGUUGUAUCACAGAAGACAUGUAUCUAUUCACUUACUUCACUGUCAUAAUCAUCAUUUCACUUUAUAUUUGCAGCGUUUCCGCCUGUCGAAUAAGUGAAGGAGAAAAUAUAGAAAUGAUAACAAAGCUAGAGGAGAAAGGGUUUGUAAAAUCCACCCGUGUCAAAAAAGCCAUGCAGAAUGUGGAUCGUGGUUGUUUUGUUGAGACUAACACAUAUAAAAUUUGUUCAGUGUCAACGAAAUCCGGUGCCAUAAUUCUUCCCCCAUUUGUCGAUGCAACUAUUCUGGAAGCAUUGCAUGACCACAUCAAGAACGGUUCACACUCACUUAUUAUGGAGCCGGGUAGUGGAUACCUCUCAGCUUGCAUAACAUUUAUGUCUGGGAUUGGUGGUAGGACAGAAUCCACUCUGCCUGAUAAUAAGUUAAUGGAAGCGGCUUUGGGGAAUUUUGCAAAGUGGCUACAAUAUACUAAAUAUGCCUUUACAUUGGGGACACAAAUUAUAUUCAGAUCAGUUAGUGAUCACAAAUCUUGGUCAUCAAAUGCACAGUAUGAUGCUAUUUAUUUGCAUAUGCUGGAUGAAAGUAUCAUGAAGGAAUUGAGAGAACAACUAAAAGUAGGAGGUCGCCUAGUUUAUUUGGAAGGAUCUGAUGAUGGAAGACGGAGGUUGAAUGUGAUGAAUCGCAUAUCUGAGGUUACCUUUCUUUUGAAAAAUCUUAUGAGUUUCCAAAUUGUUGUGCCACCUAGUAUUCAGACUACAGAAGAAAGUAUAGUAGAAUCUGGCGAAGCCAGCAUAAUCAGCGAACCGAGCGACUUUUAUUUCGAAUACAUGGAGUACACAUCAACAGAAGUUAAACAUGUUCCAAACAGUAAAGUUCUCGUAUCACUUUGUAUUUCCAUCAUCUUAUUCAUCUCAUUAUUUUGACCAUCACAUGUAUUCAUUGAAUGGUAUUGUUACUUCACAUAUCAUCCAAGUUUCCAUAUGUACUAUGUGUCACCCCGCUCUACUCAGUGAACUACACAACAUCAACUUAUUUUCAACACGUUUUUGAAGGCUACACUGAUUUCAUUAAUACACGACAUCUUUUGUACAUCACUCUACACUUCAGUGUAUAUUGGAAAUUGUUUUGUUGUGUAUAAACAGCGAUUUUAUCUGUUGUGUAUUUCUGCCGAAUUUAUCAUUAUUUACAAAUGUAAAACUAACAUGAAACUGCCUGCCAUGUUGAAUGCACCACAUUCGUGUUUCACAGUAUAAUGUAUCACUGUGUAUUGACUUGCUUAGUAUUUCAUGCAUUCAUUCAUUCAUUAACUCCCCUAUGUAAUGUGGUCAUGUUCACACUGUCGGUGUCUUCACUGCUCGGAUGUUGACUGUGUGAUAUUUGAAAUUCACUAUUCUACUCUCUGUAUGGUGAUGCAGGCAAUAAAUAUUUCUCUAUCUGUUACGGAGAUUGUUGUUUAACGUCGGGAUUGUGUUUACUGAUUUUAAUAGAGAAGGUGAGUGUGUACUUCGCUAACAGUACACGAGUAAUUAAUCAGAAUACACAUGCAGGCAGACAUGAAGUUGGCAUAACCCAUGGCUAUUCGUUCUUCUCCGAGUUGAUUAAAGUUAUUGUGACAUAGAAGCAAUUGUUUAAUUUUAGUCUAUCUCUACUAUUUCCUUCACUAGAAGUUUGAUCGUUUCAGUUGAGUUUGACAUUCAUUUCUUCAUGUUUUGCAGUUUACACAAUUUAUUCAUAUCACUUACCCUCAUAUCGUCAAUAUGCAAAACACGAAAUCAGUCGAUCCAAUGCUUCUUCGAUGAUGUGUAUGAGCUUUCAAUUAAAUACUCU